AUGUCCGAUACUCGCCCAGAACUUGACGUGUCUCCUCAGACUUCGUCACACUCGCCUCGCAAAGCUGGGCGGAACUCUACCAAACCGUUCGGUGCCACGAUCGACGAGGUGGCAAAAGCGCGCAAGGAUAUAGCCGUGGAGAUGUCUGGAUACUUUGUGGGUCCUAUGCCGGUGAACGAGUUUCUUGCCGAGUUCCUACCGCUCCCCGCUGGAGUCCAUGAGGACGAGUCCGAACUUGCCAAAGUUUUUGGAGCCAUGAAGAAAGCAACUGGGGAGAAGCGUCAGAAGAAAACGCAGACCUCAAGUCGCGUUGACCGCUUUCCUGGUCUCCGAUUCUGCGACACGUCGCACAAGCACGACCCUCAAGACGAGAACGAGUUCCAGCCUGAUAUCAGUGUUUAUACCGACAGGGACCCUGUGGAUCUUGACAGGACGUGCUGGGAACGUGUGCAGCUAGUCAUCGAGCUGAAAGCGGAGACUAAGGAUGACCCAUUCGUCGACAUCUCUUACAACAAGACGAGUGGAGAGCCCAAUCCCUAUCCAUUUGAGCGGAAUAGCAAUGAGGGCAUACGGAAUCGGGCUCAGCUGGUUCAGUACGCGAGUAUGAUGUGGGCUAAUCAGCCGCGCGUAUUCCUCUUCCAGGUAAUCCUCUUCAAAGACUGUGCUCGCUUGCUGCGAUACGACCGUGCCGGUGCCAUCGUUUCGGAACAAUUCCACUACCAGAAUACCCCCUAUCUGGCGCAAUUCCUGUCUAGGUUCAAUAUCAUGCCUCAUACACAGCGCGGGGAAGAUCCCACAGUCACCCGUGCUACUGAUGAUGAAGCAGAUCGCGCCACGACGAUCCUGGACAAAGACGAUAUCGAGCAAAACAAGCCUAUGCUGAAGAUCAUAGUAAACGACAAGACCGGCGACAAGGAGUUGAUUGUCUCCAAGCGUCGGUUUAUCUAUCCCACCGCCAUCGGCCGAGGUACUCGCUGCUACGUCGCGGCCGACUUGAACACCGGAAAGCGCGUCUUUCUCAAAGACUCGUGGCGCUAUGACGUCGAGCGGAUGCAACAGGAAGGAGAUAUCUACGAGCUGUUGAAUGAGAAGGGGGUCUCGAACAUUGCGAAGGUCGUUUACCAUGGAGAUGUUAAGGACCAGGAGGGGCGGACAGAUCAAAGGUCUAUCACAGCGCCCUACGCCGGGAGGAGCUGGGCUCUCAGGACCCGAACACUGGUACAGCAUCGGCAUUAUCGUAUUGUCCUCGAUAAAGUGGGGAAACCGCUCACUGAAGCGCCAUCCUCGAGGUCUAUUAUCAAAGGGAUUCUUGAUGCGCUUAUAGCCCACAAAGAAGCCUGCGAAAAAGCCGAUAUCUUGCACCGGGAUCUCAGUCCUGGAAAUAUUAUAAUGAUAAGCAAUGAUAGCGCGAUCCUAAUCGACUGGGAUCUGUCAAGGUCAUUACAAUCGUUGGAGGAGGAGAACGCUCGGGUGCGAGACCGUACGGGCACUUGGCAAUAUAUCUCGCACGCUCUACUACGAGACCCACUUAAAGCACAUACCCGCGGGGACGAUCUCGAAUCUUCAUACUGGAUCCUACUCUGGACGUGUCUCCAUCACAUCAGGUCCAAUCUAGCCCAACCUGAACUAUACGGUAUAAUGCGGGCCGUAUUCGACGAAUGCGAGUGGGACUAUCGCUCGAACUACUACACGGGGGGGAAGGCAAAGAAACUGCUCCUGCUCAGUGAGGAGUACAUUCAGGAUCUUACCUUUGCAGGAGCACCUAUGCUUGACAUUCUGCUCUACCAUCUUCGGGUCGUCUUCCGCGAAUAUGUUCAAUAUGUCAUCAACUACACAGACGCGAGGAAUCUGCGCAAGUUGCAGGAGCGUCUUUCAGGUGGCCAUGGUGACUCAAGAACCGCGGUGCAGAACAAUGGUGUGCCAGUGCCCGAGACCUUGCGGAACUCUGACAGAGUGAUCCAGCUCUUCGCAACAGCGUACAACACUCCUGGCUGGCCGGAGAAUGAUAGAGUGGACGACCAGAUUCCGAAAGUACGCUGGUCAAAGUCGAUUCAUACAAACUCGAAGAAGCGAUCAUAUGAUUGGGAGAGUCACUCUGAAUCCCAGGCCUCCGCGAAGAGUCAACGCCAAGGCUAUCGUACCGAAGCUGGCCCCUCUUACCGAAAUCAGCUCGUGGUGCUUCCUGAAGAUGAGUGAUUGACGUUUCAUCCUAAAUGGGGCUUGUACUUGUUGACAUCUUGUAUUGCUUGUAUUUCUUCACAUUUAUGUUUACGUAUUUAGCCCCGUG